UAUAUCUAUAUAAAGCGAACGUAACGCCGCUUUCCCCCUUUGUUUUACCAAGUUUUUAUCCAAAACCAAAGCCUUCUAGAACACUUAUCUGAAAACAGAACCUCUGUUAUGGCUUCCACCUUCUGUAUGCAAACGCUGCACAACACUGCCCUCAUUUUCCAGGGCAGUUAUAACCAAGAUGUCUCAAAUGUGAGAAUGCCACAUAUGAUGUGCACCAGCACAAAUUCACAGUCGCGCUAUGCCCCAGCUUUGAUUCUGAGUUCUUCAGGAAGAGCAUUGACAUCAAGAUUGCACUAUGCAUCAAGCUUUCCUGCAAUGCAGCUUUCUAAAGCUCCUUCUGUUAAGUGCCAGAGAAUGAUGUGUGUCAAUGCAAUGGCAGAAGAUUUAGAGCUGCAAGCGAAAGUGACAACUAAGUGCUUCUUCGAUGUAGACAUUGGAGGUGAACCUGCUGGUAGGAUUGUAAUGGGCCUUUUUGGAGAUGUUGUUCCAAAAACUGUUGAGAACUUCCGUGCUUUGUGCACAGGAGAAAAAGGAUAUGGUUACAAAGGUUGUUCCUUCCACCGAAUCAUCAAAGAUUUCAUGAUUCAGGGAGGAGACUUCACAGAAGGAGAUGGAACUGGAGGGAAAAGUAUCUAUGUUUCCAGUUUUGAAGAUGAGAGCUUUGCCUUAAAACAUACUGGACCUGGAGUGUUGAGUAUGGCCAAUGCAGGUCCUAAUACUAAUGGAAGCCAAUUUUUCAUUUGCACUGUGAAGACACCAUGGUUGGAUAACCGGCAUGUUGUGUUUGGAGAAGUUAUUGAUGGAAUGGAUGUUGUUUGUAAACUUGAAUCUCAAGAGACAAGCAGGUCAGACUACCCUCGGCAGCCAUGCAGAAUUGUCAACUGUGGUGAGCUACCAAUAGAUGGUUGAUCAGCCUGCUUCUUUAUCAGGCCGACAUCCAAUGAAUAAAUUUUUUAUCUUUAUAAAGAAAAAAAUUCACCAUUUCUUUGCCGGGCAUGGACUUCUAGUGCAGUUUUGCAUCUAAAGCUUCGCCCAUUUUUGUUGGGGGCAUGUCCUACGGUACUCUUGAGACUUAUCAUAUAGGUGAAUUAUUGUUAGAUUGAAUGCAUAUGCACAAACUCUGACUGUAUUACAUUUUGAUUUAACAGACUCUUACUAUAGCAAUUUCAAACUUGUUUUUUUUUU